GUAACGGGAAGGCCGCCGCGGUUGGUGCGCAUGCGUGGAAGGCGGUAGGGCGGGUGCGCGGUCCUGGAUCUCCUCCCCAGCCCCGGGGGUCCCGUCGGGAUGUGGGAGCCGGGAUUCGGGCGUGUUAGCGCGGCCGUAUUGGUGCGAGCUGGGAGAGCCGCACUGUGAGAGCCGCCUCUCGCUCCCGAAAGGCGCCAGGCCGCGUUGCCCCUUCCGUGGUCUCGCCGGAGACACGGAGCGGGGUGCGGCGUGUCUCCCUCAGUGCAGAGGCCAUGAAGAUUAACGAGGACAUGGUGCUGCGAGGAAAGAAGGUGACGCUGGUGCCCUACACCGCUGCACACGUGCCCCGAGCUGCUUUGUGAUGGCCUGACGCUGGAGCAGCGGGAGGGAUCUGCUGAGGUGCUGCCGUGGGGUGCAUUGCCAUUGCCAGGUACCACGAGUGGAUGCAGUCGGAGGAGCUGCAGCGCCUGACAGCCUCGGAGCCCCUCAGCCUGGAGCAGGAGUACGAAAUGCAGCGCAGCUGGCGGGAUGACGCUGACAGUGAGCAUCUGGGAUGCUUCCCGAGGGAGGGUGGGAGUGAGUGCACCUUCAUUGUGCUGGACUCGGCGCGCUGGCCUGGGCAGGCGGAGGAGAGCUCCAUGGUUGGGGAUGUGAAUCUCUUCCUCACCAACGCCGAGGACCCGACUGUGGGCGAGAUUGAAAUCAUGAUUGCAGAGCCCAGCUGCCGUGGCAGAGGGUUUGGCAAGGAGGCAACUCUGCUGAUGAUGGCCUACGGAGUGAGAAAACUGGGGAUCACCAAGUUUGAGGCUAAGAUUGGUCAGGAAAAUGAAGCCAGUAUCUGCAUGUUCAAAAAGCUUCACUUUAAGGAGGUUGCUGUGAACAGCAUUUUCCAGGAGGUGACGCUGAGGCUGGAUGUCAGUGACCAGGAGAGACAGUGGCUCCUGGAGCAGACAAACCACGUGGAGGAGAAGAGUUAUGCUGAACUGAAGCAGCCAGCUGGGGUGCUGGACACCUGACAGACACCUCCAGACACCAGCUGGGUUUCCAGGGAGAAGUUGGACCUUGUUGCUAAGUCUGGGUGUGGAGGACACCAGAGAGCCAGCACUGGAACUGUUCUGUUCCCCAACAGCUGAACUGUUCUCCUUCAGCUGCUUUCUCAUCUUGUCAGCUUUGCACUUUGCUCCACCAGCCAGGAUUACUGCCUGAAAUUUGGACCUGGGGAACAGCCACUAACUCACAGGUUUGGCUGGGAAUUACUCUUUGAUUUGCUGUUCCAACAGAGCUUAAAAUCACCAGCAGUUGAUUCCUGGACAAGCAGAAACUUCUCCCACUGCUCUCAAAUCCAGAUUCCUCAGCGAGGAGGUUUCAUAUACUGGCAGCUCAUUCUUUUUUACUCUUGAAUAAAAAAAAUCACAAAGA